AUGGAGUCGUACGGAGCGGAUCUAUCCGGCCAUCUCUGGUCGGCAAGGCUCCUCCGUGACGAUCCUGCCCUUAUCAAGCGCACGCAUGCUGCCUUCUACAUGGCUGGAUCAGACUUGGCAACCUCCGCCUCCUACCAAGCUACCGUCGCAGGGGGGCGGAUGAAGCCGUUCGCAGCAGCGAGUGUGGGAUGCUACGGAGCGAGCCUUGCUGAUGGAUCGGAGUACACGGGGAUAUACGACAUUGGGAAGGAGGAGGUGAAAGCCUUCCACCUGGAGCGAUUGAAGCUGCUCGUGAAGGAGGAGCCUGACGUGCUGGCCUUUGAGACUAUCCCGAACCUCAUGGAGGUAGAGGCUAUCCUUGACGUCCUCAACCACCAAGACGUCAGCUCGUCUGAGAUUCCCGCCUGGAUAUCUGUGUGCUGUAGGAGUGACGAGUGUCUCUCUAGCGGCGAGCCCGUGGACGACUUUGUCCGGCUGGUGGCGGCCAGGAGCCCAGCUACAAGGCAGCUGGUGGCAGUCGGAGUGAACUGCCUGCACCCUCGAUACGUUGAGAAGAUCCUCGAGAGGAUGAAGGUGGGAAGCAAGCUUGCUCUGGUGGUAUACGCGAACAAGGGAGAGGAGUGGGAUGCUGAGGAGAAGCGCUGGAUGCCAGGAACAGCGACUGAGGAUGACGAGUACUGCAGGAUGGCAGAAAUGUGGAGGUCCAUGGGGGCCAACAUGAUCGGAGGCUGCUGCAGGACUAGUGUAGACACGAUCCGUAUGCUGCGGCAGAAGCUGGUGAGAUGA